AACCGGCGGUGGCGGGAUGUUCAAAUCUUACUGUAAGUCUGACUGUAUGUUUAGAUAGUCAUAAAAAACAAAAGAAAUAAUAGAUAUGGAUUGCUUGAAUGUAGCGAGGAUUUUACCCAAUUCCCCACGGAAGACACGGGGACAGAUUCAGGUUAUUUUCGGCCCGAUGUUUUCAGGAAAGAGCACUGAACUGAUGCGUCGCGUGCGGAGGUUCCAGGUGGCUCAGUACUCCUGUCUGCUCAUCAAAUACGCCAAAGACACGCGCUACUCCGAAAAGGGGAUGGCCACGCAUGACAUGAGCACGAUGGAGGCCGUUCCUGCCAACCGUCUGCAGGACAUCCGUGCUCUGGCGCUGCAGGCCUGCGUCAUCGGCAUCGAUGAGGGACAGUUUUUUCCAGACACAGUAGAGUUCUGUGAGGAAAUGGCCAACAUGGGAAAAACUAUCAUAGUAGCAGCUCUUGACGGAACCUUCCAGAGAAAGCCCUUCGGUAACAUCCUGAAUCUGGUGCCUCUAGCAGAGAGCGUGGUAAAACUGAACGCCGUCUGCAUGCAGUGCUUCAAAGAAGCUGCCUACACCAAAAGACUCGGAGCUGAAAAAGAGGUGGAGGUGAUCGGCGGCGCUGAUAAGUAUCACGCUGUGUGCCGGGCGUGUUACGGAGGUCUCAUGGUGUAUAAGGAGAACUGCGACCCGCAACGAGAGGAGACGCCGCCGCAUGUGAUGUCAGGAAAACAGCCCAAUCAAAGCGCUCCACGAAAACUCUUCGCUUCCCUUCAUUUAUGAUAAAAAUAACAUCAUACUGUAAUAUAGUAGCACUGUUACUACACAGAUUUAAGUCAUUAGAGUGUGAAAUUAGCACCUGGUUUGUAUGUUUACUUGUAAUUUUUUUUUUUAUAUAUAUUUUUUUUUUUUUUUUGUAUAUAAUAACUUCAGCUCCUACUUGAAAGAGGGUCCUGCAAAUGGUGUUUGUAUUUUCAGUUUGAAAUCAAUCAUUUGUGCAUGUUUUAAUUUAAAUAAUUUUAAACUAAUUUAUAAUUGUGUAUCAGUGCAACCAGCUGACACCAUGAAACACUGCCAACAUGUGAUGUAUUAUGAUUCAAAUGAUAGAAAAUAAAGUGAUUUCAUUUUUAUGA